AUGAUGACGAGAGGAGCCCAGGCAUGCACUGGGUUGUGCUCUGACGAAGAAUCGGGUGUUGAAACUGGAUCUGAGGAGGAACGACGCGAGUGGACGGUGGCGAAGAAUGCGGCACGCUUGAAGGAGAUCAAACACACUGGAUGGGAGUAUAAUCAGUCAAAGUUUGGGACGAUCCAACAUACGCAGACAUUUAUGAUGGACUUUUCCGCUGACUCUAUUGCUAUCGUAAGUAACUGGUAUCACUUGCAAUCCAUUUCUCGUCGUGCGAAGAGCAUUCAUGCGAAGCAGCGCGCAACUGGUGGAGAUGUGGAGGAGAUCGGUGAUAUUCGCCGGCUACUGGCGGAUGUCCAACCGGUUGAACCGUGGGAUGUGUUGCGAGUGACCGCACCUCUUGUUGCCAGAAUGCUAGCGCCUGUGCGGAAAGGGAUUGCAGCGCAUUGA